AUGGCAGUUGGCACUGCAGGCGUCAUUCACCACAAUCCCGAUGUGCCCGGAAAGCGCACCACAAGACCGCCCAGGCGGGCACCUCCACUGUACAAGGUGUGUCAAAUUGUUGAGAGCCCCCUGUGUGCGAAUGCUCGUGGCGAGUAUGCUGACGGCUCUUGGCGUUCUAAUAGGCUGCGGUCAUCGAAACAGCCGAUUCCAGUUCUAUUCGCGUCAAUUCAUCGACGGCAGAUAUCGACGAGGCAAUACUUGCCAGGAUUAAGAAAUGCCUAGAGCGUGCAAAUCACCCGAACGCAGCUAAGGCAGAAGCCAGAGCUGCACUCUACUUGGCUUUUCGCCUAAUGAAGCAAUUCAAUGUCACUCAGGCUGAAGUAAUGGCGCAUGAAACACCAGAGACCCAAAGAAAAUAUGCUGGCCAAAGCACAGUUGCAAUCUUGCGUCGCGACGGAAAUCAAAACAAGACUGUUCAAGAAAAUAUUUACAUUGAUCCUCUCGUCUGCGCUGUCGAGGCUUACUUCACCACGAAAGCGUACAUCACGCACGAAGAGCGGUCUCUCGAGAUCACCUUCUAUGGAAUCUCUGAGAACACGGCCACCGCUGCGAAUGCUUUCGAGAUGGUGUUCAACCUCAUCGUCGAACGGGCACGAAAGUAUCCAGGGCAGAAUGGCAAGAAUAGCUAUUGUGUCGGAAUUGCUGAUGGGCUCCUUCGCCACGCGGAGAAGCUGAACAAGGAUGAGGAAGCUCGUGCCAAGAAGGCUGAACAGGAUACCUUUGCCGCGAGGGUGAAGGAAGAGGAAGUACAGCGGCAAGCCGCACUGCAUCGCUUAGGCCAAUUCCCCACUGAAGGUGACAUGGCCGACAACACAGCAGAGGACGUCUCGCAAGAUGAGUGUGAAGAGGUAGAAGACGACCGCAGCUCCACAAUGAGCCCCGACUCAUGGAACCCUCUGUGGGCUUCGAGCACGUACGACGACGACGACGACGAUGAGGUGCGUCAAGAGUUCAUCGAUAACGAAGAUAAGUCUGGCACCGAAGAAUUAGGCGAAUUUAUCGAAGACGAUGUUAAUGACACGCCUGUCGAUCUGACCGAAUAUACGAACGCUCUGGUCGAUGCGAUUGCUAAGGAGCUUCGCUCUGCCUCAUCCCAUUCACCGCCCGACUCCAUCACCCAACCAACAUCCGAGGCGCCCAUUAGUCAAGCGACGAGGACGUAUUCGACCGAUUCUAUCGACCCUACAUACCAAGAUCCCAUUUUGGGCCACGCUUGGGCCUCGCACAUGCAGCUAAUCACAUUCCGCGAGACCGCGACGAAGAUCGCAGAUGAGUAUCUAAGAGGCCAGGGUAUCCAAAAAUACCAGUCCAAGAAGGGAGAUUUCAGCGUUGUCAAUCCCGACGUUUACAAACAGGGGAAAAAGGACAGCAAGAAGAUUGACGUUCUGAGAAAGACAAUCAAAGAGACAGUCGCUGGCGAGCAGCCUGAGCUGGCAUCUUCACGCCUCUACCCAAAAUGA